GGUUUGUUCACAAGACAAUGCUGCCGAAGCGUUCAAGUUGCAGAAUCACAAUCGCACCGUUUCUUUACUUGGGCUUGCAAUAUUUGCCAACUUGAUGCCGUAGCACCAGCUAGCUAGAUCCACCAAAAGAAAACCAUGACGAAUAGAGGAAAUACCGCCAUCUUUUUCGUGGCGACGUGCAUGAUGCUUGCCGUCCUUCGGUCUUCAAACGUUACCAGAGAGCUCCAGGUUCUGAUGACGGAUGUCAACUUUGAAGAGAACAUUCAACGCAACCACAUGAAUGCCUUGAAAGAAGUAGACUUUGGUCCCUACAGACCAGCUCCAGUGGAAACAUACGUCUUGGAACAUGUCAGUGAACUGAAACUGGAUGUGCCUGAGUGGACCCCCUCCUGCCAUGUCUUCACAGAUCCUCAUGCUACACCCUAUCAUGGUCGACUUCAGGCGUUCAUUGAUGAGUUGGGCUAUUACUACCAGCUAGUGAAUGACUUUCACACUCCCAUCAAGGACCUACGAGAGAACAUUACCGAGUUUGACAACAGCAUCUGUGAUCUGUUAGAGCUGCACCCUGGUGGAAUUCCUGCAAUCUUCAACAAGAGCCAGCAGCUGUCACUUUCUUCCUCAGGGUGGGUGGAACCACUCUUGCCUCCCAUGCGACACCCCCAGUUCUGUUACCAGAGUAAACACUUGAUGAACACAGACUACCUUUUGCACGACUUUCAUGCGAUGUGUAAGAAGCUCAAGCCCCAUUCUCGCACUGUCUUUGUAGACAUGGGUGCGUCUCUUAGCUUUCAUGGUGGCCGCAAAAUUCCAGUUUUGGAUCUGAUCCAGAACUAUCGCAAGUUUGGGUUCCAUUUUGAUCAUGUGUAUGGGUAUGAGUAUCGAAAGCAUGAUCCUGAGCAAGUCUUCAAUGAUGUGCCAGAGUACCUGGAUGCAUCCUACCACUGGAUCAAUGUGGGAGUUACUUCGGAUACCCAUAGUCGCCGCAACCCUUUCAAGCUGUUGGUAGAGAACUACAAGCCAGAUGAUUUCAUCAUUGUCAAGUUGGAUGUGGAUACUCCAGAACUUGAAAGAGAGCUGGCACAGCAAUUGUUGGACAAUCCUCAACUGAGCAAACUGAUUGAUCAGUUUUACUUUGAACAUCAUGUAAACCAAGCAGAGCUCAAGCCUCAUUGGGGACGCCAGCGCGGUAUGAACGAGAGUGUUGCAGAUUCGUUGAAACUAUUUCACGAUAUGCGACAGAAAGGAAUUCCAUCCCAUUUUUGGGUGUAGCUAACUAAGUGAGGAGUGUGGAAUGUACGGACAGUCCACGAAGACUGAGAGUAAUGAAACAUAGCUUGAAUACAUAUUUCAUCUUCAGAGUAUUUGCGAUAAUCUCCAGGUUCAUCUCUCAGAUCUCCAAGAAGGCG